UCUCUCUCUCUCUCUCUCUCUCUCUCUCUCUCUCUGUCGCUCUCUCUCUAUCUCCCUCUGUCUCACCCUUCAUCUUUGAUUCUCCAACGGAGGAGCCGUUUUAUUGUUUGUGUGUUUUCCUUGAUUCAAACCGACCUAGUUGGGAUGUACUGUUUUUACUGAACCCUCGCUGGGAUUCUACACGAACCGGAGUCCUCCUGGAGACGGACUGACUACAGGAAUGGGGGCAAAUAACCAACAGCGUUGAGAAAAAAAGAGAGGAGAGGCUUGCCUUGAAACACGGGGUCCGUCAAACCUCCUCACGGGGGGGGGGGUCCUCGUCUUCGGAUACCAUUUCAGCGAGGCAUCCGUGACUUCUCUUUGCUCCGGUCUCGUUUGAUUCUCUCUCUCUUUCUCUGUCUGGGUUAGAGCAGAGAUAGGUGGCGUACAGGGAGGACGGGCUGGGCUCAAGGUAUCAGAACAGCCGCAGGGUGGAGAGACCGAGCGUCGGGCGAAGAGGGAGGCGAACAGGACCCACCCUGCAAGUUUUACUACCUUGUGCAAUUAACCAGAAAACGUCCCACCACACGGGUAGGUGACCUACGCACGGGAUACAUAUCGGAUACAAAUUCGACUCUAAAGCCUGACUAUACUGAUACGGAUACACCGUUUGGACAUCUUGAUGCGACACUUUUAUCAUUUGCACGGAUGCAGGUCUGUGCCAUCCUUCUCAAUGCUCUCUCUCUCUUUUUUUCUUACCCGUAAGAACCUCAUUUGAAUUCCUUCAAUAUCUCCUGCGUUGCAUUUUGGUGCUCAGUCAAAGUUGGAUAGGCAAUUGCUUGCUUGUGUGUUUACUGAAAAUUGGACAUCUGGACCUGCAGGGCACUAAAAGUGGACUAAAUAGGGGUUCUAUCCAUCUAUUCAUCGGCAGCUUUUCCAUCGCCCACUGUGUGUUUCUGACUGCAAGUGUGUGCGUUUGCGUGUGCGCGAUCGAGUGAGUGUCUGUGAAUGCACGUCUGUCGCGUUUGCUCCUUUCCCUCCCCACCUCUCUCUGUCCUUGAACUACAGCUUUUUCUGUGCACCCCCCACCCCCCCCCCCCCCCCCCUUCAUCUCCAACCCCUCCCCCCUUCCUUCAUUGCACCCAUCUCGGGGGCCCCCCUAUUCUCCACGUUUAGCCGUGUCAAGUACCUUCCCAGCACAUGCCAUGCACGCCCAUCACAGGGCCAGCUCUGAAUGAGCCGUAAAGAACGACAAGGGAGGAUGAGCGAGUGUUCGGGUGCUGCCGUGUCCGGGGCGGUGAUCCUGGAGGAGCCCGAGGGCCCCGCCGGGGCCUCGGGCCAUGGGGAGGGCCAGGGCCAGGACCAGGGGCCGCUACGCUGUGGCGGGUGCACCCUUUGGCCCCGCCAACAGACGUGGCUCUGUGUGGUCCCACUGCUCAUCGGAUUCAUCGGCCUGGGUUUGAGCCUGAUGCUGCUGAAGUGGAUCGUGGUGGGAACCGUGCGGGAUUACGUGCCGACAGACCUGGUGGACGCUAACAGAAUCGGCCAGGAUCCCAUUUUCCUGUCCAAGCCCAGCGGGAUUCCCAAAAUCCCUGAGACCACCACCACCACCGCCGCUUCGGCUGUCUCGGUGGCAAAAGGCCAGACUCGCUCCCUCCCCACCACCACCAUGAACCCGCAGGGAGGCGGAGCUUCAGGUAGUCAGGUAACCCCCCGGAUCCCGGGCAGCCGCAACGAGCGCGGGCCCCCCAUCAUGGGGGCGGGCCCCGCCACCUCCAAAGCCACGACCACCGUGGGGGAAACCACAGCCAGUUCCUCCUUGUCCAACCCCACCGUGCUCAAUGACUCCACCCAGAUGUGGACGCAGGAGAAGACCACCACCCAGAGGGUCUCCACCACACCUGCGGGACGGAUGCACGGCCAUCGCAAAACACCCUCUCCCACCGUGCCACCUCUGCGGUCGGAGCACUUCAAGCCGUGCCACGAGCGGGACCUGACCUAUUGUCUGAACAGUGGCGAGUGCUUCGUCAUCGAGACACUCAGCGGCCCUCACAAGCACUGCAAAUGUAGAGAAGGAUACCAGGGCAUCCGCUGCGACCAGUUCCUCCCCAAGACCGAUUCCAUCCUGGCCGACCCAAAAGAUCACUUGGGCAUUGAAUUCAUGGAGAGCAAGGAGGUGUACAAGAGACAGGUCCUGUCCAUCACAUCCAUCGCCAUGGCGAUCAGCCUCCUGGGCACCCUGUGUAUGGCCCUCUACUGCCGCAACAAGAGACGCAGGGAGAAGCUCCAGGCUCACAUAAAGGAGAGCCGCAUCGUGAAGAACUACAGCGGCCACGCGGCCAGAGCCCUGGACCCUAAGGCCAGGACACCCGCCAACAACAUGCAGAUGCACAAGUUUUGUAAGCAGUCCAACCAUUCUCCACCCCGGGUUGGAGUCUGUGAGUCAGGCUUUGCAAACUCAAAGAGAAAAAACAUGAGCAAGGAAAGAGGACCGACCAAUCACCACAGCCCAGACCAGAGAUCCCGCGCCGCUCAUUGGUCAGCUCCUCGCAAGACAUCGCCCAUACCCAAGAGACUGAAUCCAAUUGGAGGAUCCAAAUAUUCGGGUCCCUCCUACCAACACCUUCAGGAAGUAGAGACAUCUGAGAGAGAAAUUGAUGUGCAGAAGGGAUACCAGAUGCAUCCAGAGAACUCCAGCAAUGACCCGAGGCAGGACAGCUUUCUACGUAUGCAAGUUCCCGUUUCCAGGGAAACCACGUUGUCGACGGCGGCAGCGCUGUCCUGGCCGGGGCAUGAGGCGGCCUGCUCCGCCAGGCUGCCCCAAGACCGGACCCUCGCCGGCCACAUCCGGCCCCCCCGCCCCUCUACACCUCCCACCACCUUUCGCUCCUGCUCCGUUCCCAUCAUCCCGUCCGUCCAGUGUCACCAUGACGACGAGGUGUCCUGUAUGCAAACCAGCCCCGGCCUGCACUCCUCUAGCGCCGCCCCAUCGGCCGUGCUGAUCCACUCUCCCGCCAACGCCACGCCUCGUCCCGGAGAAGUGAAAGCACGCGAUGGUUCGCGUUAUUCCCCCUGCUCCGCUGCCGUUGGCCAGAAGCAGGACGAGGUCACCCUGGUGUUGGAGGAGGCCCAGCAGCAGCUCCGCGCAUUGGCUCUGGCGCAUAAGAAGGAGGAAGAAAGCCUAAGCAACAGUUGCAACGGGUCAUUGGUUGUGUUUGUGGAGGCCAAGGAAACUGUUUGCUUCUUGAGCCCUUAUGGGGGUGGAUCCGGUGCAUUGAGUUGUAACGGACCAACAGAGACCCAGUUACUUAGCCACAAUCUAUCACACAGAGACUUGGGGUACACUGGCCAAUGAAAGGACAGGAUUUAGGCUAUUCCCUUUUUUGUUUGACAGUAUUUGACAGACUGGUGUUUUUGUCUCAAAAUGGCAGACAUUUUUGCAUCAAUGGGACAGAAUGGACAAUAUUGAACUGUGAAACAUUUGAUUGAUGGUGAAUCUGGUAUUGUGCUGAUGUUAUGCAUUCUGUAUGUAUACAUAGAAACACUGGGGAGGCUGCCCCCUCGCCGAAUUACAAUAUGGAAAAAGAAAAAACAUAUUUACAUGCAUUUAUUUAAAAAUGAGAGACACUUCUGCUUAGACGAAAACAAACCAAAUAGUCUGUCAACUCCAUGGUGUUUUUAAUUGUAAAAAGAAUAUAUAAAUAUAUAUAUAUAAAUAUAUAUGGAUAUCAAUAUAUGGAAUUCAAAAAGUGACCAAGUACAGAGUUGAAGAACAGAAGAAUGAUUUAAUUUUGUUUCAUUUCUUGCCUUCUUAUUGGUAAUAACCACUUCACAUUUUCUGACGUGGUUAUGACCUUCAAUCUUAAUGUAUCCCCAUUAAAUUGCCCUUCCUGACAACACUUCGAAUCAAACUUCUGUGAGCCACAGGACAAAAUGGCCGUCGAUGCAGGUGCCCCCCAAAGACAAAUGGCCCUUCAUGCCUUUCAAACUUUGUGUUGCGAAUGAAUUUGCAAUCUCCUGUGGCAACAGGCAUCACCUUGGAUUUGCUGUACAAAAUAAAAGUUCCCUGGAUGAAAGAAGCAGUGAUGGAAAUGAAAAACUAUAAAGAAAAGAUGGAAGAGAAAAAAACACACAAAAGCAAUGGACUUCCACAGAGACUUUGAUUUGGGAAUGCUGAUUGCCAAUCAAUUGUAGUUUAUUUUACAAGUUCACACACAAAUGCACAUGCCCCAUAAACUGCUGUCGAGUGUGCUUGUACCCAAGGGGUAUGUUUAUUCAUGAAUGGCAGGAAGGAGGGACUAAUGGAGAGACAGAGGGCUAUUUGGAAACGAGGAGUUGUAUCUGCCAUAGUUUAAUUUGUUUUGUUUUUUUUAUUGUUGGUAUCAAUGCUGCUUUCAGGGGCUGGUGGGAGGGCAAAACACAAGGAUUGGGAGAUUCCAGGGUUACAUUAAACAAUAAAUAAAUGUCUAUGUUGUGUCCUAA